AUGUCAGACUCAAAGCCUGUAAAGCACUAUGUGCGACAGGCCUUGGAAUUGGUCGAAGCGCACAAAGCGCUAGUUGGCCAAGGCAAGAUUGAGCAGGCUAGUGCCAAGUUACUACAAGCAAACCACGUUUUACAGGACGUAAUACCGGGGUUGCCGACCUAUCCGCAGUUCUGUGCCAACCCCAAGAGCCCAUUUGUACAGUCGUAUCAUGAGCUAUGCGCGGUUGUGAACUCCCUCUUACCAUUAGAACGCCAGAAUCGGUCAGAGUCUUUACCUGACACCAACGAGGACGAUUUAACCCGGAGAUUCGAGCGACUGCGGGGCGCCAGGUCCCUUCCAAAGGACUCAGCGUCCGCCUCGACGGCGCCACACCCUCCAAUUGGCACGGGGCAUCUAUUAAAAGGUUUACAAAAUGGAUUGCUUGUGGUAGGACGGAACUCGAGCUUAAAAAAUAGUCUGAAUGCCGGUACUCCGGGCAUACAAGCCUAUUCCCCUCCUCAGAUCCCACCCAUCCCCAAAGUGUUCAAGCCGCCUGCAAUGCCCCAGCUUCAGUCAAGAUUAGCUUCGCCACUGUCAAAUAUACCGGCUGUUCCAAAGUGUGCUCCUCCUCCGCCUCCGUCACAACCCCAAAACGGCGCCGCAGCAGUAGUCGAUGUGAACACCCUCCGUGGGUGGCUCAAAUAUAUCCCAGAUCUUGUGGUGAUUUUAGACGUGAGAGACCGUGAUGACUUUGACAGAUGUCAUAUAGAAGCUCCUUGGAUUGCUUGUUUGGAACCUGUCUCACUUAGGGCGAAUAUGUCUGACGCGGAUCUAGAAGAUUCACUGGUCAUCGCUCCAGAUAGUGAAUCAGCUGCGUUUUCCGCCCGUAAGACAGUCAAACAUGUGGUUGUGUAUACCAAAAACAGUCGAUCGGGAAGCGAAUUGUCGCCGCCGGUUAGUUAUGUCUUCCAGGCUCUUGAAUCAGCUGGAAUACACCCCACACUUCUCAAUGGAGGGUUCGACGCCUGGCUAGAGGCUGUGCUCCCAGUAGUAGCUACCACCGUUUCCAGAGAUCGAUCGCCGUUUAAAAUGGAUGAUGAACUUCCAUCAGGAGAUUGGGUCGUCUCAAACGGUGCAGUUGGCUCACACAUCAGCUCCUUGAGCCACUCUUUCGAAUCACCACCGAAAAACGAACAAUUGUCGGUAGUAUCAUCUACAUCGUCAAUUUCUGGGUCAUCUUUGCCUUCUGCACCGAUAUACUCACCGCCUCAACCGCCAUCAAGCUCGGAAGAGUAUCGUGCGUUCAACCUAAAGUAUCCCGACCUCAAGGAACCUUCUUAUCAAUUGCCCCAGACACAGCAAUUCGCAAUGAGAACACACUCAAGAGUGCUUCCACAACCCAUCCCAAGGGUACCAGUUUCUUCACAAGUACCACCGUUGUCAAUGCCUUCUUCAUUACAAACAGUACCCACUAUACUACCUGUGUCGUCCCGCAACCGCAUGCCUAGUCCUUCUGGGCUACCGGGGCCCAGCACACCGGCAAGCCCUCGAUCAGACAGCAUUCGUGUCACCUGGCCAAAGUCACAGAAAUAUCACGUCGCGCUAUCCUAUUUGACUGGCCUAGUCAACCUUGGUAAUACUUGCUACAUGAACUGUAUUCUUCAAUGUCUUCAGGGUACACCUCAACUAGCCGUACCCUUUCUCGACCGCUCGUACAAACAAUUUGUUAAUGUCAAGAGCCGGCUUGGCUACCAAGGUCGAAUGGCAAAUGAGUUUGCCGCGCUUACCACGGCUAUGGCGCGGGCGGGAACAGGCGGUUACGUCGCAGCAAGAGGCAUGAAGAACCUGGCAGGAAUUUUGAAUGAAACUUUCGCAGGAACAGAUCAACAGGACUGUCAAGAAUUUUUGGUUUUUGUUCUCGACGGGCUGCACGAGGAUCUGAAUGUAAACGGGCACCGGGAACGGUUGCGGGAAUUGGACGAGCGAGAGGAAAGGGUACGUGAACGGUACAAUGUGAGGCUGGCAUCAACAAUUGAAUGGGAACGAUAUCUGAAAUCAGAUACUUCUCUUAUUGUCGACAUGUUCCAGGGCCAAUACAUGUCGCGGCUAAAAUGUAUGGUGUGCGGUACAACAUCGUCAACAUACACUGCGUUCUCAACUUUAUCUCUACCACUCGCAGCGGGACGAUCAAUUGAUCUGUAUCAAUGUUUUGCGCAGUUUGUUGCACCCGAGGUAUUAGACGGAGAUGAUGCGUGGUUCUGCUCGCAUUGCAAACGCAAACAGCGCACGAUCAAGACCAUGUCUAUUUCUCGUCUGCCUCCCGUGCUGGUGAUUCAUCUCAAGCGGUUCAAACGCACCAUGCACUCAGUGGACAAGCUCGAGACCCCCGUCCAGUACCCUCUGUACAAUCUCGAUCUUACUGGCUACUGGCCCAACCCUGAGAUCACUGAUCCCGAGCACCGCAAUCGAUUAGACCAGCUCCCGAAACGAGGCCAGCAGCCACCAUUUCGCUACAACCUCUAUGCUGUCACUGCGCAUGACGGAUCACUCAAGAGUGGGCACUACACUGCGUAUGUUAGCAAACCGGGCACCGGUUGGUGUCAUUAUGAUGAUAUUCACGUCACUCGAGUUUCUGAGCAGGCAGCCUUAACCAACAAGGCGUAUUUGUUAUUUUAUCAACGUAUUUAA